UUGCCAAUGGAUGAACUGGUGCAUGACUUGGCCUCAGCCUUAGAGCAGACUUCAGAACAAAACAAGCUGGAUGAGCUAUGGGAAGAGAUGGCCCUAAGCCCACGGCAGCAGCGGCGUCAGCUUCGCAAGAGACGGGGUCGUAAACGACGCUCAGACUUCACGCAUCAGGCAGAGCAUGCCUGCUGCUACAGCGAGGCCUCAGAGUCAAGCUUGGACGAAGCUGUCAAGGAUUGCCGUGAGGUGCUGACAGCCAAUUUCAGUGACUCUGAUGACAUGGCAGUGGUCAAACGACACCCAGCUCUCAGUGCCACCCUGAGGAGCAAGCAACACUCGUGGCAUGAGUCAGACUCCUUUACAGAGAAUGCACCCUGUCGACCUCUCAGGCGCCGACGGAAAGUCAAACGUAUGACAUCAGAGGUGGCUGCCAGUCUCCAGCAAAAACUCAGGGUGUCAGAGUGGAACUGUGAGAGGGGCUGCAGGUUCAAGUCAGCCAAGAAACAGCGUCUUUCACGCUGGAAAGAAAAUGCCCCUUGGACAUCAUCUAGUCAUGGCCUUUGUGAAUCAGGAGAGAACAGGCCCUUCCUCAGCAAAGGGGGAAGGAAGGAGCGGAUGGAGUGUGAAGCUGAUGAACAGAAACAGGGCUCAGAUGAAAACAUGUCGGAAUGUGAAACCAGCAGCGUAUGCAGCAGCAGUGAUACUGGCCUGUUUACCAAUGAUGAGGGCCGCCAAGGAGAUGAUGAGCAAAGUGAUUGGUUUUAUGAAGGAGAAUGUGUUCCAGGCUUCACUGUCCCUAACCUUCUUCCCAAGUGGGGAGCUGACCACCGAUCUGAAGUGGAGCGGAUUGACUCAGGCCUGGACAAGCUCUCAGAUUCUACAUUCCUCUUGCCCUCGCGGCCAGCUCAAAGAGGAUUUCAUGCUCGCUUGAAUCGCCUUCCAGGAGCUGCUGCCCGUUGUCUCCGAAAAGGUCGGAGGAGGCUUGUUGGCAAGGAGACCUCCAUGAGCACUCUGGGCACCGAGAGGCUAGGUCAUAUUGUUAGUGAUCCGCGCCAGAAAGAAAAGAACAAAGUGCCAGCUUAUGAUUGCCCACACACUGUGGCCUGUGCACAUGAGUUCAAUCCAUUAUCUCCUCUGUACUCUCUGGAUGUGCUUGCUGAUGCUUCCCACCGAAGAUGCUCACCAGCACACUGCACUGCCAGGCAAGCAAAUGUACACCUGGGACCGCCGUGUUCAAGAGAGAUCAAGAGAAAACGAAAGCCAGCUGCAGCCUCCAUGUCCAGCCCAACAUCAGCAACUUUAUCUGUCCACAUGGAUGCAGCAGAGUCAGAGCUACCAGCAACACCAUCCCUGAGAUCCCAGAACUCUGAGUGGACAGGGAAAACACCAGCAGCUGAGAAAGUCGCUAUUGCUGCCUCCAGUAACUUUUUUAAAAUGCCACCAGAGAAGAGCCCUGGAUACAGCUAA